CUCACACAGACUAUCUCGACCGAAAUGCUCGGUCAGGGAGGUGUUGCAUUUGGACCCCGUGUGAAGCCCGCGAAACAUAUUGUGAAACCGAAUGGUAGCCAUGCUCAGCCCAUGAUCCAAUUUGUGAAGACAAAACUCUGCAAGCACUUCACAAAGGGUUACUGCAAAUUCGAGGACCAUUGCUUUUUUGCUCACGACCUCAGUGAGCUCCUCUUCAGGCCUGACCUAACGAAAACGAAGUUGUGCCAGGCGUUUAUGACCACCGGAGCUUGCUCCAAUGACCGCUGCAGCUUCGCACAUGGAGUCGAAGAUUUGCGCCCGGUGGGGGGGGUGUAUGUUCCUCCCGCAUUGGGUCCCUUUCAGGAGAGUCUACUCGCAGCCCGGGAGCAAAUGUCUGCCUCAAAGACCUUGUGGUGUGCAACUCAAGAGCCUGAAUACAUUGAGCCACUAGAUCUGAAGACGAGAAGGGGGUCGGACACGAGCUCCGCUGCCUACGGGAACCCGAAUAAGCAACGUCAGGCAAGGCCGGCUAUGGCAGUGAAAUGUGCUGAUACCGAAGAUGUCAUUUCUCUGACGCCAACGACGCUCACGACGCCAACGACGCCAAGGUCUAUAUCAGCCGAGCAGGUUGAGUCUCUUGAUGCUCAGGAGCCGGUCCGAGUGACCCCAGUGACCUGGGUUGUUCCGAGCAGGUGGCUCUUGAUGGUUGAACGCCUCCUGAGUCAAAGACGUGCGCAAAUGGUACGUCAUGGGCGCAUUCUUUUGAACAAGUCACAGUGUGGUUUAUUUGACAGGGAGUUGUCAAGAGCCGACGUUGACACUAUAUCGGCAAUUCUAUUGCAUGAGCCUGGAUGGUGUGUGGAAUUCAAACAGCUUGCUCGCCGCCUUAGCAAGUGCCUUCAACAGAGCUCAACACCAAGAACAGAGCCAGGAACCCCUUUGCUGUCUGCCCCCAGCGAUUCCGGGGAAUAUUUCUGAAGCUUUGAGCAGUGAUUGAUGUUUGAUGACUCUGAUGGCCCAGACAGAGCAUUUGAUGACUCUGAUGGCCCAGACAGGGCAUUCGGCGAAAUUGUUCAGUAGGCCGACCUCAUGGCUGGGUCCAUAUAGUCAAGUUCCGCUCUCGCAUGUUGCUGGCGGUCUGAUGAUGGCUGGACGCAUCUUUGAAACCACG